UUUCUGUAGCCAAACCAUAUAAAAUGCCUCCAAGCGCUUUAUAAAUGAAAUUUUACGAUGGCGAUCUUCAAAGCUAUAGUUUUAAAAAUCUUAUUUAUUCUGACAUUUUUCGAUAAUUCUGAGCAAACAAUUUACGACUUGACAAUAGAAGACGAAGACGUUUUCUCAGACUGCUACGAAAAGCGCCCUGAAUACCUUGGCAUUGAUAAAUUGUUCGAUUUCUCAAAACUGUCCUAUACCAUGACUGAAGAAGGAAUAUCGGUGGAUGGUAAUGUGACUUUUUGGUGGGACAUAGACCCGAAAGAUCGGUUAGAGGCUUCAUGUUCAGUUUCCUAUUUUGAUCGUGGAAAUUGGCAACCAACUAUUCUUAAUAUAAAAUACAAAGAUUUUUGCGCCACCGUGUUCGACCCUAAACAAUAUGCAUACAAUGCUUGGACAAAAUAUGUUAUAAACGCCGAGUACAUAAAGAAAGUAUGCCCCUUACCUGGAAUGACGUUUGUAAUGGAGCCUUAUACACUCAAAAUGCAAUUUGGUCUUGACGUAUCAUUUAAACCAGGACGUUACAAGAUUAUAAUUAUCGUAUCGGCAAUAGAUGUCGACGGUAAUGUUCGUGACAAAAAAAUUUGUACAGAGCUGAGGGGUACCAUUAUUAAAUAGUUUUCGUAUGAUAUUCUCUUUUUCAAAGAAAAUAGUUAUGACGAAUCGUAAAUGUGAUUGUAUAAAAAUAAAUAUUUUAAUAAUAAUUGGUUUUAUCAAAAAUUGACAUAGGAUCCAAGAACGAAAGCAUGUUUUGCAAAACCUUAAAAGUUGUCGUAAAAUAAAAAUAACGGUAUACAAAAAUUAAAUAG